AUGACGACUCUCAUCCCUCGCGAGCCCUACUCCCCCGAGGAGCUGGAGCGGCUGUACCCAAAGGGCUUGAAGCUGCAAUUAGUGCAAGUGGUGAGUUCCAGAAGCUCCAAUCCCCGCCCAAUGUCACGCUUAGCUCGGCUAGUAACUAAUCCCGGUCUUCAGUUCCUGCGUCAUGGUGGAUCCCUGACCAUUCAUAGGCGAACGUACACCGGUUUCUUCGCGGUUUCAAAAUACUGGCCGUAUUGUGGCGUCGCAAGACGCAUGGUCCAAAUGGCUUCCAGCAAGCAAGACCUUUCGUCAUGGGAGGGCUUCCAAUGGCGCCGGAAGAUGGAGGCUUUCGGUAACAAUGAUGAGUCCGUUGUCGCCAUGGGACCUGGAGCAGAGAUUGAAGCUAUAUGCCAGCAUGGCGAGCUCACCGACAAGGGCCGCGAAACGACGUAUGCGCUAGGCCAGCGCAUGCGUCACCUCUACGUGGAUCAGCUUGGAUUUAUGCCAAAGGUCAAGUCUGAUACCGAGGAUAUGUACUUGCGCGCUACUCCAAUUCCCCGCGCCCUGGAGUCGAUGCAGCAGGCUUUCUGGGGCAUGUACCCGCCCAGUGCACGCACUCAGGAUUUCCCACCCCCGGUGAUCGUGGCUCGCUCUGUUUCGGAAGAAACUCUGUUUCCGAACGAGGGGAAUUGCCGCAGAUUCCGACAACUUGCUCGUCUAUUCGCGGAUCGCGCCGCGGCACGAUGGAACGAUUCUGAACAGAUGAAUUAUCUGAACAGCCUCUGGUCAAAGUAUAUGCCAGAGACCUCGCCAAAGGUGGCCGUUGAUGCUCAUCCCCGUCUUUCCGGUAUCAUGGAUACCGUAAAUGCUACUGACGCCCAUGGCCCCGCUACCAAGCUCCCCUCGGAAUUCUAUGACAAGAAGGGCCGCGCCGUUAUGGAUCGUAUUGCGGUCGAGGAAUGGUUCGCCGGCUACAACGAGAGCAACGAAUAUCGCAAGCUCGGCAUUGGUGCUCUCAUGGGUGACGUUGUCGACCGUAUGGUCAGCACGGCGGUAGAUGGUGGCUGGCGCAGCGAGAGCUCUGCCUCGGGCACUGGUACUCACGAAACCGGCAAGGCUAUCAAGUUUGCCAUGAGUGGAUGUCACGACACCACCCUUGCAGCUAUUCUAUCGAGUGUGGGCGGCUUCCAGGAUGAGUCAUGGCCGCCAUUCACCUCCUCUGUCGCAGUCGAGCUCUUUUCCCAGGCCCCAAGCAACAGUGCGAAUGCCGGCACCAUGCUUGAGGAGUUCUCCAAUCCACUCGUUGCACCCAAGAAGCCCGGUGUUCUCUCGUCCCUUCUUGGCGGCGGCAAGUCUACGCCCAAACAGCCCGUCCCCUCGGAAACCGCACGCACCCCUCUUGCUUCUUUCCCCGAGGAGACUCGCGAGUCCCUGCGCCGAUACUAUGUCCGCAUUCGAUAUAAUGAUCGCCCUGUGCGUAUCCCUGGCUGUGCUGCCAAGGCUGAGAAUCACCUCCCUGGCGACGACAGCUUCUGCACGCUGGAUGCCUUCAAGGAGAUUGUUGAUAAAUUUACACCAAAGAGCUGGCAGGCCGAAUGCAUGCAAAACCUCGGCGAGGGUAUGCACGGCCCUAAUGAUGCGAACCGCGUCCCCGCCGGCUUCUAG